AUGCGCCGCUGGACGGCCGACUUGUUUGCGGCGGCCUGGUUCGUGGCCGUGUGCGCCGCCGCCGCCGCCGUCGACGAGGACUACGAGUAUACGCCGGGCAACGAGUUCUUUCCCGAACUGGCCAACCCGUCGCAGCCGGACUCGGACGCCGACGAGAAUCACGAACGCCGGUGCGCGGACAUAAAAGACGCGGGCGAACGGGCGGCGCGACGCGUCGACGUUGCGUCGGAACGAAGCGGCGGAACGCGGGCCGACGACACACCGAUUACCGGUAAGGCACAUCGAAUUCGCGUACGUUUCGAACGCGAUAAUUAAACGCGUGCGUUUAUCAUGGUGAAAUGGCGUUGCGAACGUUUUAGGGAAACUUAUUGCCGACGCCGAAAAACGACAUAUUUUGCUCGUGUUUGUUCGAUAUCAUAGGUAACUCGGUUGUUGUAACCACAACGAGAUUGACAUCGGUUGUUGCUAGUUUUUUUUUUGUUUUCAUCAUUUAAUUCUCCAUAUUACGAUAAUAAUAUUAUUAACGAUUGAAACGGAUCAAACGAUUAACAUUAUUUGGAUUCUGAGUGAAGCGAGAAAUCUAUUGGUUUUACUACGAUGUGUUUUUUUCACUGUCAUCUGUAAACGACUUUUCUUCCAGAAAUCUUGCUUCAAUCAAAACACGACGAGAGACCUAUUUUCGUUACGUCUCGGCUCUAUAGUUGGUACAUUUUUUUUAAGCUAUUUUUUGAAAUUUUCAUUAAUGUUCGAGAUAAUUGAGGUAAAACUAAUUCUUUAGGUUAAAAAAUGAUCAAAAAUAAGGUAGCCAUUGGCAACUGUUUUUGUUAUUAUUAAAUUUGUAUUUAUAUAAUCUUUUAAUCUGUUUUAAACAAUCGUUGUCGUCGGGAAAACGUACAUCAUUGAUAUUGUAAUUAUUACCUAUAUUGACCGAACCUCACCCAGAAUCAUUUUUCGUUAGCAAUGAUUAAUCGUCGCGUACAGAUUUUAAUUAAAUUCCCCUCUAUGCGUCCCACCUUCCCAAUUUCUCACUUACAACAGUGGCUGCACCCGUCCCCAGUAUCAAUUCUUUGGUUUUUUUUUUUUUUUAUGUAUAUCAUAGAAUGACCUUUAAGAUCAGUUUUACCGCGGUAACGAUCACUUUCGACUUUUCAAACGGUAACUAUAUCGGACGUUCAUAGAACGUUUGUCGCUCGUGUUUAUUUCAUGCGAGACCGUGUCUUUGUUAAUAUGCGCAGUUGCAGCACCGGGCACCGCGAAAAGUGCAGGACCCGUAGCCGUUGUCCAGGCCGUCUCGGAUCCGUCCGCCCAACGGCCAACGGCCACGACCGUAGGCAUUUUUCAUUUCAAGUGGCGUGACGUGAUCAAACGGACCACGAGAACUCGUCCGCCGCCGAACAUCGCGAUCCGGAAUACCACGGCCGCCGCGAAAAGAUCGCGCUCUUAUGAAGUAUACCGCUAA